AUGGCCUCUAAAGAUGCACAAAACCAAAAAUGUAGAGGGAUGGCUGGUCUUCUUCCUGGAGUUCCAGACCCUGACCAAAGCCUUCCUCCCUCAUCUUCCAAUCCAGGGGACCGAGGAUGGCAGUCAGGCCUCCCUCCACCAAGGAGUUUCCUGCCAACAGUCAGUCUUCCUCCUGGUCUAGAAUAUUUAAGCCAGUUAGACCUGAUAAUUAUACACCAGCAGGUGGAGCUUCUUGGAAUGAUACUUGGCACUGAGACCUCCAACAAAUAUGAGAUUAAAAACAGCUUGGGACAAAGAAUUUACUUCGCAGUGGAGGAAAGCAUCUGCUUCAAUCGGACGUUCUGCUCCACGCUGCGAUCUUGCACUCUGAGAGUCACAGAUAACUCAGGUCAAGAGGUGAUUACAGUAAACAGGCCGUUGAGGUGUAACAGCUGCUGGUGCCCUUGCUACCUACAAGAGUUAGAAAUCCAAGCCCCUCCUGGUACUAUAGUUGGUUAUGUUGCACAGAAGUGGGACCCCUUUCUGCCUAAAUUUACAAUUCAAAAUGCAAACAAAGAAGAUAUUUUGAAAAUUGUUGGUCCUUGUGUGACCUGUGGCUGUUUUGGUGAUGUGGAUUUCGAGGUGAAAACCAUUAAUGAAAAGCUUACAAUUGGGAAGAUUUCAAAGUACUGGUCAGGAUUUGUAAAUGACGUCUUCACAAAUGCUGACAACUUUGGAAUUCACGUUCCUGCGGAUCUAGAUGUGACAGUCAAAGCAGCGAUGGUUGGUGCUUGUUUUCUCUUUGAUUUUAUGUUCUUUGAACAUUCACUGGCUGGAUUAUAA